UUUUCUCUUUUUAUUUAUUUAUCAAUUUUUGUUCUUCCUCCGUCGGUAAAGAAGACAAGAGAGAAAGGAGAACUUUCAUUGAGAGUGAAAGCUUCGGAGAGAUUUUUCGUUUGAAUUCGUGGAUCUUUCGUUCAAACAGGACCAACGUUAUAAUUCGUCCACGUUUACUGCUUCCUUUUCUUUUUUUUCCUUUCUCAUUCGUCUGGAAUUCAAAGGACGACAAAAGCACUUGGAUAUAAUUGCAGGUUGACGUCUCUAUUAAAAUUAAACAUUAACGAGACUGUAUAAACGUUGGGAAGAAGAACAAGAAGAAGGAAAAUAAGAAGACAAUAUAAUCAAAGUAUAAAGAGAACCGCAAUCUCAUCGAGGAUGUUGCGAUGCGGAGAUCGAACAAGACAGAUUGUUUCCUGAUUAUUUCAAAUCGGUUCAAUCGACAAUUAACUCAUUUCGAGUGUUCGAUUUAUCGCGUUUUAACAAUCAUGAUUUUUCUUCAGACUAUUAUAAUUACAGAUUUAACGUUGAAACUUCAAGAUUUGGAACUAACGCGUCUUCGAGUAUUCGAAAAUAUUUGACGAUUUUUUUGGGGGAAUUUUUAUUUCUCGUUUAGGAUUUUGCAAAAAAAAAAAAAAAUACAAAGAAAUGUCUUUGACGAACUUUAGUUUACCUUAUCAUACGGCUACGCCGUCAUCGUUUCUUUACACUGGACACUCGACGAUUAAUAAUCUUCGAUUGAAUGCCGUACUUCCGCCAGCACCACCUGUUAAUUACGAUAAUCGUGAACCCUUUCGAAAUGAACCUUACAUACCACCGUCGAGGUAUCAACAAGAACGUCAGCAGCAACAACAGCAACAGCAGCAGCAGCAGAGACAACGUCAAACGAACCAACAAAGAAGACCAGAAAUUUAUGCCGAACAAUCUUCCUUUUCAUCGACACAGGACACGCGUUAUACGAAUUAUGAUCAAGAUUUUCGAAGGACUCAACCUAGAAUGCAACAACAACAACAACAACAACAACAACAACAGCAACAAAUGAGACCACCUCCUCCAGCUCCUUCUACUCAACGUCAACAAGAAAGAAUUCGAUCAAACGAUGAACAUGAAAGAGAAUCCUUAGAAUCCAGCAGGAUUUCUGAACAGGAAGGUUAUCCUGACAGACCUAACGGAUAUACGAGAGUAAAUGCUGAAGGAUUCGGAGGUGGUCCAGGUACAAAAACGUCAGUUCACGCUGUUCUGGAUUACGAUGACGAUUUCGAGGAUUAUUACGACGACGAUGAUCAAGGUGUACCAAGGGACGCACACGUAACACCGAUUCAAGGACCGAUUUUCUUAAAAAAUGGUUCGGUUCCUGUCGUACCACUUUAUUCUUAUCCUCAAAUAAACAAUGGAACAUUUGUACAAAUUCCGAUCCUUUGGACAGCACUUUCGGUUGCAUUAGGAGUUGAAUUGAGAGGUGAUUUGGUCAGAGGUGCACCUUGCAUCAAAAGAUAUCAUCAAUUGUUUUGUCCAACUGCCGGUAACACCUACCCCAUCGAACGGAUAGAACGUUUCAUAGACGAAAACAAAGCAUUGAUGAAGAGAAUGUACGGUGACUUCGAGAUGAGUCCAGGUCAUCGAACUCGUACGAGAAGAAAAAAACGGGAAUCCUCUUCGAAAUCGGCGAAACUAGAUUUACCGGAUGGUGGGCCGAAUCUUCAAGAAAAGGAACACGAUUUCGAGCCGGAAAUCGAAGCCGAUGGGGAUUCCUUUUUUGGUACGGAGAAUCAAAAAAGAGAUCCUAGACAAUCUUUUGGGAAAAAUCGUAACAACGAAAGUGGAAGAGUGGACGCAUGCGAAUCAAAAGUAGAAAUCGUGACACCUUAUUGGGCUAGCAAUAGUGCAGGAAAGAUACGAGCUAUCGUAAACACCCAACAUUUUGAACAAGCGAUUCACCAAGAGGUUUGCUCAAAGACGCAAACGAAUCGAUGCACGGCCGAUUGCGGAUGCGAACAAAAGUACAAAUGGCAUAGGUUGCUUGCAUACGAUCCAGACAACGAUUGCAAGGGCAUCUUCAUGGACUGGUUCCUGUUUCCUUCUUGUUGCGUAUGCAGAUGCGAUCCAACCAAGAACAACAACAAGUUUUCACCAUCGAAUUCAAGAAAUUAAUUAUUUCAGGCGCACGCACCCAAUAGGAUUUUAUUUGCCUUAUUAUUAUUAUUUUACUUUCUUCUAUUUCUGAGAACGAUUAAAUAUCUUUUUGUUUUCUUUUUGCUUUCUUCGAUGGAAUAUUUUUUUAAGGAAAAGAACAAAAAGCACACACACACACACACAUACACACGAAAAGAGGCUAAAAACUUACGACAUCUUUCCUUGCUACAUCCUAGGAAUUUUUUUGUUCUUGUUAUCCUUUAUUUCCUAAUUAUUUUUCAUUUUAUUUCUGCAUUAUUACAUACUAUUAUCUAUAUCGAAUCGUUUCGAUAUUAAAAAUAUCAUUACAGUGACAACGAAGACGACGAUGUAUAAACACGGUAAAUAUUUCCUUUCCUUUUUUUUCUUUUUUUUUUAUUUCAUAUGGAGUACAAAAGUAAGGUUUUUUUUUUUGUAAUUUUGUUCUAUUAAUUAUUAUACUAUAAUAUAUUUUCAAAUUAUGUACAAACGAUUAUACAAUAACUAUUCUCGUUACUCGGACACGCCUGAUUAUUUCCUUCUUCGUGAGAAAUUUUAAUUUGUAAAAGAUAACAGAAAAUUUCAAAAGAGAGAGAGAGAGAGAGAGAGAGAGA